AUGGAGCACGUGAGGGGAGGGGAUCUACGAGAGCACCUGCAGACCUAUGGCCGCAUGACAGAGCGAGAAGCGCGCGCCGCGUUCCGCCAGUUGGUGUCCGCGCUCCAUUACUGCCACCACAAGGGCAUUGCCCACCGGGACCUGAAACCCGCCAACAUAUUAUUUGACACAAACAACUUUAUAAAACUGGCUGACUUUGGUUUUGCUAAAGAAAUGAAGGGCCAAAAUCUGAGCACCUUCUGCGGCACCAUGUACUAUCUGGCCCCUGAGAUCUUCAAACAAGACUACGACGGCUGCAAAGCGGACGUAUGGAGCUUGGGGGUGACUUUGUACAAAAUGGUGAUGGGAAAGGUGCCAUUCCGGGGGAAGAACUUCGUGAGGCAGAGGGAGAAGAUCCUGGCGGGGAAGUUCAAAGUGCCGCACUUCCUAGGUAGGCAAGGCCAAAGUUUUUUAAACAAGUUACUGACUGUGGACCCCAACCAGAGGCCGACCAUGGAAGAGGUCAUGGAGGACCCCUGGCUCAACAUGGGCCAGGAGGAGGAGCCGCUGCGGCCCUACAUCGAGCCGCCCCAGGAGGACUUGGACCCCCACGUCACAGAAAUGAUGUUGGACCUGGGCUUCAAGAAGGAUAAGAUCAAGCAGUCAGUGAAGCAGAGGACAUUUAAUAAAGUUAUGGGGACAUACAGGAUCCUGAGAGUGACCCAGACCAAGAUGCCCGGACGCACCAUCCGGGAGAAGGCGAUCCAGAGGUCUCCCGACGAUGUCCAAGGGAAGGCGAUCCAGCGGUCCCCAGACGCUGUCCAAGGGAAGGCAAUCCAGAGGUCCGCCGACGCUGUUCAAGAGAAGGCGAUCCAGCGGUCCCCUGACGCUGUCUUAGAGAAGGUGAUCAGGAGGUCCCCUGACACUGUUCAAGAGAAGGAGAACCAGAAGAUGACCCAGCGGUCCCCUGAUGCUGUCCAAGAGAAGACGACCCAACAGUCCCCAAAGCUGUCCAAAGACAAACCAGUGGUCCUCUGA